GAGAACCGCUCUAACAAAUCAUUCAGCUCGUGCCUGUGAAGCAGUAUUGCGGAUCGCGACUGUCAGGUCACUCAUGCUGCGCACACAAUCUCUCUCUGGCUGCUGACUCCUGUAUCUCGGGGCACUACAGUGCGAUACUGCCCGUGGGAAUAUACGCACCGCAAACAUGUCACGGCAUCAAAGGACGCCGUUGAAAAACGAGGAGAGUGUGGUGGAGGUGAAGAGCAAAUUUGAGGCGGAGUACCGAAGGUUUGCCCUGAAGAAGAAGGGAGCUGGGGGCUUCCAGGAAUUCUACCAACUGCUUCAGACCAUUCACAGAAUCCCCGGAGUGGACGUGCUGCUGGGAUAUGCCGACAUCCACGGAGAUCUUCUUCCAAUUAACAAUGAUGACAACUUCCACAAAGCACUGUCCUCAGCAAAUCCGCUGCUUCGAAUUAUCAUUCAAAAAAGAGACGUAGACGACUCCGUGCCGUUCCCCGCAGGCUCUCUCCAGAGAAGAAAAAAGGGUCUAGCUGGUCUGCGUCAAGCGCAACAGUCCAAGUCCAAGCCGGCGCUGCUCAUCAGCAAUCCCCAGGAUUUCCGGCAGAUCUCUUCUAUCAUCGAUGUGGACAUCUUACCCGACACGCAUCUCCGUGUUCGUCUGCACAAGCACGGCACCCACAAACCCCUUGGCUUUUACAUCCGUGACGGUGUCAGUGUCCGCGUCACUCCUCAAGGGGUGGAGAAAGUCCCGGGCGUCUUCAUCUCCCGCCUCGUGAAAGGCGGUCUGGCAGAGAGCACGGGUUUGCUGGGAGUCAAUGACGAGAUUCUCGAGGUGAAUGGUAUCGAUGUGGCCGGGAAAUCACUGGACCAGGUCACCGACAUGAUGGUGGCUAACAGCCACAACCUCAUCGUGACGGUAAAACCCGCCAAUCAGCGCAACAACACGACGCUCCGUGCGAGUAAAACAUCCGCCGGCAAUAGUUCCGCCGGCUCGGGAGGCUCCGCCCUCUCACAUGACUCCGCCCCCAGCCCCGCCUCACAGAAUGCUAGCCAAUACAGCAACAGCAACAGCGUGGCCGAGGGCGACAGUGACGAUGAUACGGACCUCAUCAUCGAGAACGACAACCUGUACGUGCCACACCGUAUGACUAAUGGCAACGGCAGCCACGGUAACGCCCUGUCGUCGGGCGCAUUUGCGCACAGGCCCCUCCCACAAAGUGUUUCCUUGCCCAGUAGCAGCUCUUUAAGCUCUCUGACCACGCCUACACACAACGGCAGUCCCACCAAAACGAGCAGUAGCCAAGAAAGCAUGAGAGAGGACGGAAACUUCAUUACGUUGUGAGCUACAGUAGGAUUCACACCACUGUAAGAGCCUUUAUGCACAUUUAUGAUAAAAUGAAGGAACCAUUACAUCAUCCGCUAUUAUUUUUCGGUCGUUACUAUCACAAACGACAACCUGUUCACAAUCUUCCCCGUGAAUAAGGUCCCUCGCCCAGAUCACACAGGUUGCACUGUAUGGAAGUGCCUUACGGCUCUCCAUUCCUCUCGCCUUAGUUAUUUUUUCUUCUUUCGGGAGAAAUCAACCAUAUUCAUCUCUAUUGACUCCAAGGAAGUGUGCUAGUUGCUACUGGGAUGCCUGACGUUAUCACUCGGAGGACGUGAGAGACCAACAACUCGCCUCUGUGGAAAUGUGUCUUGUGGAUUCAUCUCACUUUUUAUGAUGCCUCUUGCAUUGAUGAGGAUGAUGAUGAGGAGGUGGAGAGAAAUAUAAGUGUUAAAAUGGAUCUGAUCAGUGUUUAUUGUCUCAUUCUGAUGCUGAUCGUAGUUUCUGUCGCUCAAAAUGUGCUCUACAUGAUGAUUUUGAAGUGCUGUUAUUUGCAUUCUUCUCACUACUAAUUCAUGUGUUUAUCAAUCACGUUUUUAAAAGCGGAAAUCUCAGUGAGCAGUACGUGAGAGACUGGAAGUGUAGCAUUAAGAUCAAUCCCAUUAUGAGAACAUUUAAACAUGUUUUUACUUCUUUAACACUCCCAAGUUGGCUUAAUCAGUUAAUUAUCUCUGAUGUUUAAAAAAAAGCCAUUUUUUAAUUAUAUUGAGGUUUUUUCAUACAUGGAAAUGGAAACUUUUUGGGGGUUUCUUUUCUAUCUGGUUAUAUUAAAGGGAUAGUUCACUCAAAAAUGAAAGUUGUCAUUACUCACCCUCACGUUGUUCCAAACCUAUGAGUUUCUUUUUUCUGAUGAACACAAAGGAAGAUAUUUUAAAGAAUGUUGGCUUCCAUUGACUUCCGUAGUAGGAAAAAAAAUCACUGUCAACCAUUUUGAUGACCAGCAUUCUUCAAAAUAUCAUCUUUUGUGUUCAGCAGAAGAAACUCAUUCAGGUUUGGAACAACACGAGGGUGAGUAUAUGAUGACGGAGCUUUUAUUUUUGCAGAGAAUACAGUUUUUGGGUGAACUAUUUCUUUAAAGUGAUAGUACCUCCUAAAAUUUUAUUCUUGGAAAUGACUCCAUCUUGUCCAAACCUUCUUCUGUUGAACACCGUAAUCAAAUGGUUCCAAUGUAUGGACAAAAAAACAAAACAAAACAGGGACAUUUCCCAAAAUAUCUUCUCUAAGGUUUCACAUAAGAAAAAAAGUCAUACAGGUUUGGAUUGACACGUGCGUGUGACCGAAUUUCCAUUUUUGAGUGAGCUGUCCCUUUAAAAAAAAAUGGCUUUUUAUUGUUGAAAGAGGCAGUCUAGGACAGUUUCUUUCUUUCUGAAGGACAACCUGUUUUUCUCACUUUGUUUUUAGUUCCUUCAGAAACAAAUAAGAAUCUGAUUCGAAAGACUUGACCUCUCAUUGACUCACUCUGUUUUUCUGUAAAGAGAAAAAAAGGAAAUUCCUUUCAUGUUUGGAAAAGCCAGAAUUCUGCACAUUGGGACCUUUUCCACACAGUCCAACUCCUGAUGGCCAAAGCUGUGAGGCUUUUUUAGCCAUGGUGAGUGUGUGUAUGUGUGUGUUCAGUCGUAUUUUUAAAGUAUAAUCUUACAGAAACGGCACUGAGGUGGACACUAUCAGACUCCGAGCCAAAUAUUGGUUUCUCUAAUGUCUAACACACCCGAGCGCUGUCUUCAGGCAACCGGUUCCCAGGUGAACGCUUGUUUAGACUGUGGAGAACCUGCCUCGGGACGUCCAGGGCCUCAAAGGCUGUCUAUCAAACCAAGAAGCAUUGAUGGAGGAAGGACAGUGAAAUAUCCCAACGUUUGGAGGAACAUCAUUCUAGAUUGGCUGAUGAGCUAAUUCUCUUGUAUCGUGAUUCUAUUUGGGGAUGAAUGAUAAUGUAGCUAAAAGGUGUCAGUGAAAACCAUUAGGAAGCCGGUCUUACCGUGUCAUAACUGAUGGGCAUGAUUCAUGAAGGUGUAGCCAGCGUUAUCUGGUUCGCUGCAAAACUUGCGUUUAUCAAGGUAGCCUUGAGUCUGAAAGAGAAUGUAGUUUAUUCAAACAUGUCUAGACGUAACAUCUGCACAACUGACACUAGUGACUCAUUGCCUCGUGUUUUCACUACAACAUUGUUACCAAGACCGGAUGGUGAUUUGAAACGUAUAGCAAGAGCUGGAGUAGCCAAACUUGCCACUUUGUUUUGUUAUCUGUAUUUAAUUUAAUGUUUUAUUGGCAUUCUCUGGAUGGAGAGAGUAAAUCGGAAGAAGUGAUGGGAUAUAAACAGCACACAAUCGGAGCACCAGUAAUACCACAUGAGCAUUAUUUUUUUGUGUAUGUCCAAAUAUGUGUAUAAAUAGAAAUAUGUACUGACGGACACUUUUGUACACUAGGAGCCCUUUUUAUAAAAAAGAGCAUUUUAUAUGUGUGUAAAUUAUGGAAAGUAUUUUUCUUAUUCUUGUACUUUUGUAUGUAUAUUAGAAUUCUGGAAAGGAGGUUUCUAUUUCUUUUGAGAAUCACGAAAUUCAAAUCUUUAGACGCUUGUGUUUUUAUUAUAAUCAGAUGGGUCAAGGUGUACAAUACUGUGAAUGAAUGUUAUAAGCUGAUUAUAAAAUGUUCUAUCAAGAUAAUAAAAGUAUUUAACAUUUA